AUGGACAUUAUUUUGGAGUUGCGCAAGGAGAAGUCACGUGAUGCUGCCCGAUCGAGACGUGGGAAGGAGAAUUAUGAGUUUUAUGAACUGGCAAAGAUGCUUCCACUUCCCGCGGCAAUAACAAGUCAGUUGGAUAAAGCAUCAAUCAUUCGACUCACAAUCAGUUACUUGAAGCUUCGAGACUUCACACAACAUGGCGAUCCGCCUUGGAAUCGUGAAAACAAGACAAUGAAUAAGAUAUUAAAGAGCAAUGCAGCAUCGAGACGAACGACAAUGGGAUUAGCAUUGGAAUUAUUUGAACAACAUCAAGGAACUCACAUCCUGCAAUCACUUGAUGGCUUUGCACUUGCAGUUGCUGCUGAUGGAAGAUUUCUUUACAUAUCAGAAACAGUUUCAAUUUAUUUGGGGCUUUCGCAGGUGGAAAUGACAGGAAGCAGCAUAUUUGAUUAUGUUCACCAAGCUGAUCACGCGGAAAUAGCUGAGCAGUUAGGCUUGAGUUUAACAAGUGGAAGUAACAACAAUAAUAGUGGAAUGACAUCACCAACAUCAAAUGAUGAAGCUAUUGUUUCGUCGGUGAUGUCUCUAAAUGGAACCAAUUACAAAGGCUACGAACGAGCAUUUUGUGUACGAAUGAAAUCGACACUAACAAAACGCGGUUGUCACUUUAAAUCUUCCGGUUAUCGGGUCGUUUUAUUGCUUUGUCAUCUUCGACCGCAAUAUUCGUUUAGUCACAUGAAAAAGUCUCAACCUUCACUUCUCGGCAUGACUGCAUUGGCAGUCGCUUUACCACCACCAUCAGUUCAUGAGAUUCGAUUGGAAUGUGAUAUGUUUGUGACAAGAAUCAACUUUGAUUUUAGAAUAGCGCACUGUGAACCGAAAAUCACUGAGAUCUUAGACUAUUCACCUGAGGAAUUAGUUGGCGAAAUGAUUAGCAAAGGACAAGUUCUGACACAUUAUUAUCGGAUUAUGAAUAAGAAUGGUGGCUACACUUGGAUUCAAACUUGUGCAACUGUUGUUUGCAGUGUUAAAAACGCUGACGAACAGAAUAUUGUUUGUGUUAAUUAUAUAAUUACCAACAGAGAGAAUAGCAAUUUGAUUCUUGAUCAAUGUCAACUUGGAAUCAUCAAACGUGAACCAAUUCUGUACACCAAAAAUGACAACGAACCAAAAUCACCUGACAUAAAUGAUGACAACUCAAAGAAUGAUCACGACAAUAAAAAUUGUAUGAAACCAAUUGAAAGUAAGUCAAAUGUUGGAUCAGUUUCUUCAUCAUCACUUGAGAAUACAACAAAAGCUGUCGAACGUCCAAAUCAAAGUUGCGAUGAUGAAACAACAACACAAUCAACGAGUAAACGAGGAAGAAAACGAAAAGUGAAAUGUGAAGUUAAAGGCGAUUCAUCUCCGGAGAACACUGCACCAAUAUCAAUAAAUCAUACAAACUUAAGUGAAACUCAUUCUUCAGAUAUUUCUGUUAAAGAUCUUGAAAAUGUCAUGUCAAAGCAUCUUCCUAAAGGUUCAAUGGUUGACAACAACAAUUCAACAAACUUUAGCACAGAUUCUCUUCUUCGACAACAGCAAGCAGCAGCAGAUGACAAAGCUUUGCACUUUUCACAUGCAAAUUCACAUUUCUCACAUCAAACAUCGCCAAUGCCAGCGACGGCUUUGCUCCGGCAACUUUACGCUAACCGUGAGAGUGUCAUUAGAGCAACAUCACGACCAGCCAACUACAUGUAUCCAGAUAAUAGUCAACAGCAAUCUCUUCCAACACCUCCGAACGAUUCUUACGACUCGCAAUAUUUGAGAAAGUCGGGCGAAAGUUUUGGAAAUUUGGUGUCACCAUAUGGCGCUUAUACAUCAAUGGAAUACAAUAAUGCGAUGACUCCACCGAGUUCAGUUUCACCAAGGGAUUUAACUAAUCAUAAGAAUAGUGGAACUUACGAAUACACAAAUUUAUCAUCGUCUAACGAUAGUCGAUUGCAAUAUCCAACAAAUAAUCCCAACGACACAAAUUCACUUCCACAUUUGCCAUUAAAACCUCAACCAUAUUCAAUUCAUCAAAUGGAUCCAUCCUAUAGCAUAGAUCAUCAGUCACAAUACUUUCCUUACCAUUCUGGUUUUCAUUUGUAUCACAAAGGAGUUUACACGCCACCUUAG